AUGAAGCGCAAGUGCCGCGCGCCUCCUCCUCCAGCGUCUCCGCGCUCUACUCGCAGCCGUUCCAGUGCCCCGUCCUCUCCCGACAGUGACGUCGCCGCAUCUCCACCCGCCGCUGUCCACGACGUCGUCAAUAGCCGCCGCAGCAGCAGCAGCACCGCCGGCGUCUCGAGAGAGCGCGCGCUGUACUUUGCCACUGGCGAACGGCCGUCCAGCGCCGCUCGACCGGCCGCCGACGACAAGGAAGCGUGGCCAGGCUACUUUGCAACCGCGCGGCAGCUCCGGGACAACCGCCAGGCAGCGCAAGACGCGCGCAAGCAGCGCCAAGACGUCGAGCAGCUGCAGCAGCGUCACUUGGCGCCCGAACACGUCGUCGUGUGGCGGCCACAGCGCGCGCCCCGGGCGUCUGUGUUGACGGCAAACGACGUGGUCCACAAGCUCAAGGACAUUGCGCUCAACAGCCUGGCGGCCCAUGUCGAGCAGCUGCCGACGCUCGCGUACAUCGACGCCAGUGCGCGCCACCAAGUCGCCCGAGCGGUCGUCGAGCGCCGGAAGCUUCUGCCACACGUCCUGCCCUUGUUUAUCUUUCCAGGCGUCACGGAGAUCGACAUUCCCGACUGCUCGCACAUUGACGAGGAGUCGCUGGUGCAGGCGCUGACGCAGUGCACUGAUGCAAGUGCUACUAAAUUAGUGCUCACGGUGCUGCGCCUCGGACUCUGUGGCCGAUGCGUCUCGGACAGCGUCAUUCAGGAACUCGGACCUGCGCUGAACACGGUGGAAGAGCUCCAGUUGCAGGGAUGCUACCGGCUUUCGGACGCAGGAUGCCAAGACCUCGUGCGACGCUGUGCGCCGUCGCUCGAUUCGCUGGAGCUCUCGUGCAAUCAGCGCAUCACCAAGCAAUCGAUCGAUUGCUUUGGUGAACUGCAGCAGUUGCACUCGCUGACGCUGUCCGAGUGUCCGCAGUUGGACGACGCAAGUUUAGCCUCGCUGAAGUGCAUGAAGCAGCUGAGGAAGUUGAAAUUGAACCAAUUGGAGCGCGUGUCGGACGCGUUUUUCGUCUCGUUGGCACAGAGUUUGCCGGAGCUGGAGGAAGUUUCCUUGGCAAGAUGUUCGCAACUGACAGACACGGCGGUCAAAGGGAUUCUUAACGCUUGUCGGGGACUUAAAGUGCUGGAUGUGUCAGACUUGCAUCGGAUCACCGACGGGUGCUUUGAACCAGUCCGGGAACAUGGCCACGCCCUUCGUCGAGUUUCCAUGCGCUGCUGCUUGGAGCUGACAGACGCGGCCUUUCAGCACAUUGCGUUGGGUGCCCAAGCGUAUCUUGAAACGCUCGAAAUGUCUAGCGUGUCGCAAGCCACGGAUGCCACGAUGACGGCCUUGCUGGAGCAUUGUGCAUCCAGUUUGACAACACUCGAUAUUUCGUUCUGCCGGAAUAUUAGCGAGGAUGCGCUAGGCGUCUUGACCGAUGGGGCUGACAAUCUCGGCUCGUUGGUGCUCUGGGGUUGCACGCAGAUCACAGCCCGCUAUCUUACUUGUCACUCGCGCGACAAUUUGAUCGUCACUGGGCACCCUCUCCUCACAGGCCUUUCAGUUCGAUACUAA